UAAAUGUUCCUCUUCAAUCUUCAAUGUACUUGAGCUGAACGUCUGUCUUUUGUGUUGUUCCGACAAAGACCAGCCAACAUUGAACCCAAACCAAACUUUUGAGAAUGUUCGUGUUUUGAGCAUGGUCAAAAUAGCUUUUCUCUAGUCAUUCAUUUAGCCACCACCAAAUCCGCAUCCCCAAGAUCGCCAUCAAUAGAUACGGAGGAACUUUCGAAUACCCUCGCUACUAUUCGAGAUGCCUUCCGCGAAGAAUUCGGAUUAUGAGGUACCCCAGGUAGACGCCUUCACGGCGCUGCUAAAGAAUACCUUGGAUCAUGCGCAGUCUAUCAAACCGAGCGCAUCGAUCGAGCCUCCACUCACACAGGUCGAUUUUGAGAGCCAACUUGCACAAGUUCCCACCAUAUUCGAGUCAGAGAAGGAAAAGGCUCACCAGAACGCUGUCAUAGAGAUAGCUACACGGAAUAUUUUUAGUAGCUUAGUAGCCACAACUACAAUCGAUUCACCCGAGUUCGUCCAAGUUUGGAACCUCUUCGACUUCCUAUCGGUUUUGUCCGAUAACGAUCAAUGUGACCCUGCCCUCCUCUUCUGGCUUGUGGAAGAACUUCUCGACAGCCAGACGACUGAAAAAUGUCGCAAGAUCUUCGAUUACCUCGAGUCACGACGAGAGCAGAUAAUAAUACAUAACCUUAUUGCGAAGAAGCUGGUCAUCCUCAGAUUCUGCAACGAUCUUCUUCGUCGACUGUCCCGUGCCGAGGACACGGCUUUCUGCGGUCGGGUUUUUAUCUUCAUGUUCCAAUGCUUUCCCUUAGGAGACAGGAGCUCGGUCAACCUGCGCGGGGAAUAUCACGUUGAGAAUGUCACAACAUUUGAAGACAUCCCUACCCAAUUAAACGAUUCGGCGGAUAUCAUGGUAGUGGACACAGAACCCGAUUCCGGUAAGGAUGGGAAAGGGGAAACCAAGUCGACAACCAAGGCUGUUUCGUUCGAUUCAAAGAACAAGCCAGCACCCGAAAAGCCUCUCGAUACAGACGCGCUAUAUCCUGUUUUCUGGUCACUUCAGCAUUACUUCAGCCAACCUACGGCGUUAUUCGAUUCGGCUGAACUGGGCAAGUUUAAAGCUGGAUUGGAAGCAACCAUGUCUGCAUUUGAGACAGUGGAGAAGCUCCAGAGGACUACCAAGGGCUCAGAUGAGAACAAGUUAAUACCUCAGAAAAGGAAACAAUCAGAGGGUGAUGAUGACCUACGCAGUAGCACCAACAAUCCUAAAUACCUUACAAGCAGAGAGCUUUUUGAGCUAGAGAUAAGCGAUCUAUAUUUCAGACGCCAUAUUCUCAUUCAAGCCUUUAUCAUAUUGGACUUCCUCCUGUCGCUUACUCCCAAGGCCAGGGCGAAACUUUCCAAUAUCAAGGUUCAGAACAGAUCCGUGGUAUACGCCGACCAAACACUAGGUACCGAUGAUAUGAACUGGGCAACGUUCAUGAAGAUCCGAAUUCAAAAUUACAUCCAAGCCGAGAAUGAUGGGUUUUUCUUCUUUCGUGUUCUCGAGAGCGUCAUCUCGAGAGAUAAGGGCUGGGUGCGUUGGAAAGUCGAGAGCUGCCCGCCGAUCAAGAGAGAUCCAGUUUCUCCCGAGGACUUCAACGAGGCGAAAGCUAGCGCCAAGCGUAUGACGACUAAUAAAAGGUUGCGAGCCGUGCCCAUGGGCUCGUUGUCUUUGGAGUUCUUGAAGGAAGAAGACAGCGAAACGGCGAUGGAGAAGUUAAAGGACCCGGAGAGAUGGAAGCUUCCCGACCUGGCCGUUUUCAAGGACAAGAUUGCUUCGGACGACCUUGACCUCGACUUCGCAAAGAGCGAGAAGGAGAAAUCCGAGAUACUCGAUGCCAAGGCCAGCAAGACGUGGAGGGCCCUUAGGAUCGCCCGGAGAUCCAAGCUUGCCGUCUUCGACAAGAUCGACGACUGGCAAAAAGUCGACGUUAUCUUCCAAGAGCAGCCAAAGGCUGCAGAUGGAGUCGAGGGGGCACAGACGAACGGCCAACUUCCCGAAGACAGACGGCCGAUCAUCAUAACGGGCCCGAGCAAGGUUGGCAAGUCAACGCUGGUCUCCAUGCUCUUAGAGAAGCACGAGGGUGUGUUUGAAAAAGUCAUUCAACAUACCACGCGAAGUCCGAACGACGGAGAGGUCGACGGCCAGGAUUACCACUUUGUGGAUUCCAAGGCGUUCAAUGCCAUACUGGACGGCGAUUACUUCCUCGAGUUCUCCAACCGGGACGGAGUGGACUACGGAACAAACCGGAAGGCGGCCGAUGCUUUGGAAGAGUCCGGGAAGGUUCCCGUGAUCCAGCUGGAUCGCGAAGGUGUUCAAAUGGCCAAGGACAACGGCUACGCCGCGCGGAUCGUCUUCAUCUCGCCGCCCAGCAUCGAGGAGCUAGAAGCCCGGCUCAGGAAAUCGGACGGCUUUACCGAGGAAACCAUACAAAGCGCGCUGAAGGCGGCCCAGGAGGACAUGGAGAAGGCGCAGUCCGAAGGCUUCUGCGACGCUGUUAUUACGAACGGAGAGCUGGAGGUGGCGUACAAAGCGCUAGAGGAAUUCUUGUACGGCGGCGCGCCUGCUGAAACGAAUGGGGUCAAUGGUAACGCUGACGCUGAUGCUGCGCCGGCCGGCGCUGGAGAAGAUGUGGCGAUGCAGGAUGCGGCGAGCGGUGAGGUUGCAGCGUAGGUAAUGGGCGGUGAUACCUCACGGGUUUUGACCGAUUUACAGGUUUAUUAAUAACCCCAAUCGAUGAACAUGGACGACACUUUGACUUGGGGAGUCGUUGGGCUACGAUUGGAUCUCAAGUUCUCGAACACCAUCUACCUAUUAGGUCAAAAGGAGGCGCGAAUUGCAAACUACUACCUACCCCUAGAACAGGGGCUGUUAUGGCGUGUGUUUAAUGUACUACUAUUACGAUAACUACAUAGGCCGGAAGACAAGACACGGGCGCAAAAGAAAGUUGCUAAGUUGGUUGGCAAGGUUCGGAUACAUACAUGGGAGUGAGAGUGCCGUUAUUCCAUAGUUGAGAUACCCCAUAUAAUGAAUGCGCUGCUACAUGAG